AUGGAUGACAUUAUUAUCAAGAAUGAUGAAUUGAAACAGAUAAUUAAUGAACAGAUAACACAAUCUCGACGUGAUUCUCUUGUAAAAAAAAUCAACGAAUGGGAAGAACAAUCGAUUAUCAAGAUUCGUGAAGUGGCUAAUAAUACACGAAAACAAUUAUCAAAUGCAUUUGGUGAACAUAUGAAUGAAAUUAAAAAAUCUUCGGCAAGUCUUACGGAAGAGUUGCGCAAGGCUCGUAAUGAUCGUAAUUUUGUUGACACAGAUUUAAAGAGAUGGAUAGAAAUGCUCGAUAAAUUGAAGAAAGAUUCGAUUGUACUAUUAACUAUUGAUGUUACCCAGGAUAAUGCUCCAAAUUCAUUCAUCUCAAAAAUUAUUAUCAAUGGAAUAGAUGUCACUUCAAAAGAUGUAUUUAAUCAAACGGCUGGAAGUAUUCGAAUCGAAGACUAUGGCCAGGUUAUUGCACAUGACCAAAUGAACGAUCAUGGAACGGCGCGUAGUAAAAACGAAUAUUCUUCUGCGCAACAUCGAUUUCGCUUUAAGAUUGAACACUUACAUACAGAUAAGUGGAUCUUUUUUGGGAUAGUAUCUAGAGAUGCACCUAUGCAGCCACUUUCAUAUUCUACUCCGACAAUUUAUGGAUGGGGCGGAAACAAUAGCGUGUAUCUAAAUGGUGUAGAUCAAACACACUCCGGUGGCUAUAAAAGUGAUUUAGAAAUAAAUGAUAUAAUCGAGUUAAUGAUUGAUUGUGAUCGACGAACAAUACGUUGGACAAAUCAACGAACGAAGAAUACGCAUACGCUCGAUGUUGAUACGAACAAGUGUCGUUUUCCAUGGCAACUAAGCGUUGGUCUUUACUAUUUAGGUGAUCGCGUUCGUAUUCUGUCAUGA